AACAAGCUCUUCGCGUCGAAAUCAGACUUAAGCGCAAGAAGAACUUGAUUUCUAUAUGCCUAAAAUAUUUCUCCGCCAUGUUUGGAAUCGAUAUAGAAAGUAUGCCUAGGACGUGAAUUCAUACCGACUUGCGCUUCGUCAAAGUUUUCGCAAGUUGGGAAAAUAUUCCACAGCCAUGGUGCUGAUUUACGUCAUCUUGUUUACUCACAAUGCCAUGGUAACAGCAACUCAAAACACGUGUUCCCUGAUGCGAUAUACAGGAUCAUUUCAUGAAGACGACCACGUGAAUGACCACGCCCUWGUWGGAUYUUCCUACAAAAAUGUUACAGUUUCCAAUAUUCAGCAGUGCUUUGGUGUCUGUGUCAUGGACUGCAGGUGUCUGUCCUAUCAAGUGUCCGGCACACGUUGUGAGGUGAUGGACGAGGACAGACRCACAGUWCSSAMARRAMAAUUWSWGUCAAUACCAGGCUACAAGUACUUUGGCCUCAAACAGAAGUUUAAGAAUUCUAUUGCUGAUUGCGGUGGUAAGUGCAGGAACAGCUGCUGCCGGUUUAUCACCUGCCUGAACGGUGGAACAUGCGUAGAAACAUGUCAUGACGUCAAAAGGAAGUUCAAAUGCAAAUGUCCUUUAGGAUACAUUGGAAGAGUUUGUCAGAUAUACCGACMGAGUUGUGCCGAGUAUGCAAAGCAUGGCAAGCCAUCUGGCUACUAUAGGAUCGUACUUCCGUCAGAACAAAGACUCAAAUCUUACUGUGACUUAACGUCAGAACCCGGCAUUGCAUGGACCCUCAUAGAAUCAUUUGCUUUUCAACACAGAAAAACCUUUCAAGAUAAACCGUUUUUAACUGACUUCCCAGUUAACCAAUUCAGCCCUCAAUGGGAAGAAUACCGACUGUCACGCAAUCACAUGCUUUAUGUAAAAGAGAACGCAGAGCUAUGGAGGGCAACUUGUAGAUAUGACACAGAUGGCUUCCAAGAAGUUGACUACAUAAAAGGGCUUUUAUCCAAAUUGGAUAUUUUCAGUUACGGUGGCGGGCACAGUUGUCAACAUUUCCAAUACGUCAACAUACGAAAUCAUUCAUGUAGUGAUUGCACGGUGCAUUUUAAUCAAAGUCCUGAUCGACAUCCGUAUGUGGACGAUGAGAUAGGAAGGUCAUGUGGUUGGAGAGUUCCUGUAAGGAAUCGUGCUGACGACAAUUUUGGUUAUUAUGUAUACGUAAAUAAAGAGCAUCGAUGUGUGAAUUCUUCGUCUGCGACUACACAAUGGUGGCUUGGUACCGUAGUCACCAAGUGAACUGAUCAUGUAAUGCUGCAUUGCCAUGCUGUGUAUAUAUUAAAGAACGUGUUUAAAAGAAAACUGGAAUAAAAGUGUAAACAUCGCCAUUACUGAUGAACAGCAUGCAAAGCUGUGAUCGGAACGUCAGAAACUUUUUAUCGUCAGAAAUUAUACUCUCAUUACUCGGAGUUCCAAAGGAAUCCCGAGUUUAAAUUUCGGGGUUCUUUUUGUUCAUUGUCGUCGCUUAUCAGUCACAAACUGUCCAAGCGGUCACGUGACAUUCACAUCUUCCAUGUGCUAUCUGGGAUUUCUUAUGGUGGCGAGGUUAACGCGCGAUGGAAGAUGCAUUCAACGUCAGAUACGCUCAAACAUUUACAAUUCCAGACACCAUUCGCGUUGAAAAAAAUCGUAAACUUUGAUACAACAUAAACACGAGAAGAACGGUGUGAUUCCAUGUAAUCGUCUGCUAUUCCAGAUGUAUAUUCAGCAACGCCAAUACAAACUUGAAUACAACUAUGCUAACAUCAUAAAAAAAAAUCCAGCACAGAAGACAGAAAUGCUUCGUUUCCCCCUGAAAGGCCCGAAAUGACCCAGAAAACCCUACGAAGAAGGGAGAGGACGAAAGAAACUCAAAUUAUAUAUGGCGUCCCGACCGAGAAUUGGACAAGGUCCACAUAGAGGUGAAGCAGAAUCUACCGUAACAACGCCACAAAAAAUCUACCGCACCACUGUAUAAUAAGAAUCAUCCAGAAACAACCGCAAAAAAUGACAGCGUAAGAUAUCAACUCCACAAGUAGCUAUAGCAACGUCCUAAAAAUCAACCAUAGCAACACAAAACAAUUUAGAUACUAAGAAAGUAUAGCAACACCAUAGACCUUUUCUGAAAUAUAAAAUCAUGGUGCAUUGUGGUCUAGGUUCAAUA